AUGCAAACCCACAACAAUUCCCCCGAGCCCCCUGAAGAAAACACAACUCAAUUUCCCAGACUGCCCUCCUUUCGUGAGAUUCAAGCACGACUCCAGGCGAGCGCGCUUCCUCCGCCUCCACCGGUUGUUUCACCUUCCACACAGGCCCAAUUGCCUUCGAUCUCCAUGUUAUUACAUCAAACAAGGCCCACUACUUUACCCCCUGUGCCUUACUCAUCGUAUCCGGCCCUGCUUCCCGAAACAAGCCCAGUGCUAACUUCCCCAUCCAUUGCCUCCAUGUCUAUGGCCUCUUCUUCUUCCUCAAGUCACGAAGAAUCCGCUAAAGCGGCCACAGACCUCUCCAAAACGAAACCUAAAAGAACCCGAAAAGCAUGUGACUUGUGUAACCAAAAACGAACAAAAUGCUCUGGCGAGCUCCCGCGUUGUUCUCAAUGCGCAAGAACAAACAGCGUCUGUACCUAUUUGCGCACCGAGAAAAAGCGCGGACGAGCAAGUUCCAACUACCCCAAAAUAAUCAUACGUCGAAAACCCACAAAGUAUAUUAGUCCGGAAUUGAAAACCCAGCAGGAAAUCCCCACGCAACAUUCGCCUCCAUCGGCUGACAGUGUUUUUUUCAAAUAUCCCAUCUUGCAUCAGGUAUCUCACGUCGUGACGCAACUGCAAUUAUCUCAUGUCUUGGUUGAAGAUCUUGUUGAACUCUAUUUCCAAACAAGCUUCCCAGUGAUGAUUCUUAAUCCCAACCAGAUCCUGUCCCAAGACUCAAGCAGAGUCCGCAAAAUUAAUGAACCAUUUAUUCUUUCCAUCAUGUUGUGCGGCACGGCCCUGCUUCAAGUUUCUCCAACACAAACAAUGCCAAAGGAAACGUCUGCAAAGUUACUAGACUUGCUUUUCAUAAAACUCAAUACGUUCCUGCAAAACUCAACCAAGCUCGACCACGAUGAUAUUAUUUCUUAUAUAAAUCUCGCUAGAGCUUACAUGAUCGUUGGAGGUAUGCAAGAGGCCGUCCAGGUGGUGGACCAAGCCAUUGGUUUGGCUCUCAAACUGAAGAUCAACGUCGAGGACUCUUCAGAGUACCCUCUUUUCAUGGAAGAAAAAAGACGAGCAUGGUUCUGUUUGGUGACUUUGGAAUCAGACCUGAAAAAAGGAACCAAUCGACCGCUUCUGGCCAGCGCUCAAUCCUCAAAAAUAUGCCUUCCUAUAGACGACCAGGAUUACCUGGCUUUCAACUUUGGUGUUCGUGGUUCGGGAAAGCCAUACCAAAGCCCCCUUGUGUAA